UCACCACGCAACCGACUGUGCUCCGCCUGAGGGCGCUGAUGCGCUAUGGAGGCUACUACCUCGACCGAGACGUGUUCGUCGUUCAAUCCUUGCGUCGCUUCUUGCGAUACGAGGCAACGAUCGGCUGUGCGAGCAACGGCGCACUGGGAAACAACCUCGUAUUCUUUCACAAGAAUUCGCGAUUCCUUCGGCUCUACCUGGACACCUACCGAAAGUUCAACGACUCAGUGUGGUAUUACAACGCGGGCACGCUGCCCACCAAAGCUAUACUUGAACCGCGUCCGCACCUCGUCCAUCGAAUGUACUACGGCCUGGAAACCGAACUGGACAUGCUCGGCGCGCUGUACGAGCCACACGCGUACCCGUAUUGGCGGAACACCUUCGCUGUCCACUUUCUGUCUCAUUUCCGGGGGGAAUCGCCGCACGAUCCGUUGCACGCCGCUCCGCUGAACGAAAGCAACAUCAGAGACUACGACAAUGCCUUUGGACAGAUGGCGCGCUCGGUUCUGUUCGGAACCUCCGACUUCGUGUCCCCGGAUGCACCAGUGCUGAGCGUCGCCGAGCUCGCCGCUAGAAAGGACCGGGGCGAGGACCUCACCAGCAUGCGCUCCGGCAAUGCGCGGCCAUUUUUUCAUCCCGUGAUAAACGCGACCGAAUAAAGCUUGCCAGGUGACCUUAUAUGGGUUUAAACAACAUA